AUGUCUCAUAGUCAAGAACCACCGCCCCCGUACGCCGAUACUUCAGAGCGUGUAGCGCCUGAGAAGCGUCCGUCUUCGCCACCCCAGGAUGACCGCCCUGCUGCGAAGGUUAGGCGAGACUUGGACUCGUUCGACUCUUCCACAGCAGACUCACAGAGUCAGACCGCCAACGAGUCCCAGUGUAGCCAAUCUGGCAUGACCUACGAUCAAACCGAAGUCAGUGUGCCUCACGUAGGGAGUGUUUUGCAUGAUCUUGUAUCGAACAGCAACGCCGCUCGUAUAACCUUGUAUGAAGAGCACAAGGCAGGUGUCAAAGCCCUGGAAGCGUACACAGUCGCCAACACGCACCUGGCUUACGUUCGCCGUGAAGAGGAUUACAUGGCAAAGGUACAGAAUUAUAGCGAGCAUGUUCGCCAGGAGUGGUGGAGGUGUUACGACCGUAGCGUUCAGCUGGAGGUUGAACUGGCAAAACAUGGGAUACCGUUGCCCUCUCCCUACCUCGAGGAAUACCACCGAUUCGCACCUCCAGAAGACCUGCCAACUGCAGAGUUAUGGACCACCAAAUGGGAGAAGUUAUAUGACAACGAGCGGUAUGUGAAGUGGAAGAAUGCAGGGUUUCUUGACCCAGAUGUUGUAUUGUGGGUCGAAGGACAAACCAAAGGGUCCACAGAGACUACCCCACCCCCAUCUUUCACCACCAAAUCCAUUUCCGAACAUCCUAGGGAUAUUCCUGAUACUCCGGUCAUUCGAUUCUACCCGCAAAACCUCGCCAAAAUCGCGGACAUGCUCAAGCGCUGUGCUCUAGAGAAACACUCGGCAUCGCAGACGUCGGAGACAGGCGGAAUGCUGGAGAGUCAAUGUAGUACAUUUACUAUCCCGGAGGAGCUUCUGAGUUGGUUCAUGGAAGAGCUUGUGAAGAUGAAGGGGGAGACGGAGGAGGAGAACGCAGUGGAGAUCAGUGGUUCGCUCGCGCAGGCUAUACAGGAGGUUCUUUCGGAAAGCCAAGAGAGUGAUGGUUACACACAACUAAGCAAGGAGUAA